GUCGGGCUGGCGAGCCCUGCCGGAGCAGACCGGCAGCGGCAGCCAGCGGAACCUGGUCCCCGAGCGCCGCCGACCCCGGGCCGGGCUGGCCCCUCUGCUGCCCCGGACGCGGGCCAUGCCGCCGCGGGAGCUGAGCGAGGACGAGCCGCCCCCUUUGCGCGCCCCGAGCCCCACUCCUCGGCGGCGCAGCGCAACCCCGGAGCUGGGCAUCAAGUGCGUGCUGGUGGGCGACGGCGCAGUGGGCAAGAGCAGCCUCAUCGUCAGCUACACCUGCAACGGGUAUCCUGCGCGCUACCGGCCCACGGCGCUCGACACCUUCUCGGUGCAAGUCCUGGUGGAUGGAGCCCCGGUGCGCAUUGAGCUUUGGGACACGGCCGGACAGGAGGACUUUGACCGACUUCGGUCUCUCUGCUACCCGGACACCGAUGUCUUCCUGGCGUGCUUCAGUGUGGUGCAGCCCAGCUCCUUCCAGAACAUCACCGAGAAGUGGCUGCCCGAGAUCCGCACUCACAACCCGCAGGCACCCGUGCUGCUUGUGGGCACCCAGGCCGACCUGAGGGAUGACGUCAACGUACUGAUUCAGCUGGAUCAGGGUGGCCGGGAGGGCCCGGUGCCCCAGCCCCAAGCCCAAGGUCUGGCUGAGAAGAUCCGGGCCUGCUGCUACCUCGAAUGCUCGGCCUUGACGCAGAAGAACUUGAAAGAGGUGUUUGACUCUGCCAUUCUCAGUGCUAUCGAGCACAAAGCCCGGCUGGAGAAGAAACUGAAUGCCAAAGGAGUGCGCACCCUCUCCCGCUGUCGCUGGAAGAAGUUUUUCUGCUUUGUGUGAGCAGCUGGGGCAGCAUGGCAAGCGAGUGGUAGCCAGGAGGCCAGAGACUCCCGGAACCUGGGGCAUGGGGCCUUCGAGGGGGUUACUGGCAGGGCCUGGCCACCCCAUGGGACUCAGUUCCCUACUGAACCCUGGGCACAUGGGCUUCUGACUGCCUCCUCUGAUAAGCCAGGAUGCGCCUGGGCCUGGAAGAGGGAAGGCUCUGGUUUAGGUUUCUUUGGCUCACAGAGAAAACCAGCACUUUUGAUUUUCAUGGGAUGGUCUUAAUUAACAGUGUCAGCCAUCUCCAAGCAGUUUGGGAUCCAGUUCCCAGUUUCUUAGGUCAGCCCCGCUGAAUUAGGAUGCCUGGUGGUGGUCUUCAGCCCCCUUCGUAAGGGUGAGCCUGGGGAACCGCAGGUCACCUGGGGGCGCUGGAAGGUGAUCAGCCUUGAUUUGGUGAGAAGUUUGGGAUGGAGUGGGUAAGACAAGGCCAGCGAGAGACUGAGAGAGGAGCAGACAUCGAGGCUGGGAGCUGUGGGACAGGAGGCAGAUCAGAGGGCUGGGCCUAGAAGGAGGAAGACAAGGAGAGAGGGACAGGUGGAGCAGCUGUGGAGCAGGCUGACACCUGGGCUGCCCUCACCUCCCGAGGCCAGGGAGGGCGGGGCUGAGCCCUGGGAAGAACUGGGUCUCAGGACUCCCUAGGCACUGCCCAAACUGGCUAGGCCAGCAGUGGGGCAGGAAGUGAGAGUCAACCCCAGCAAAGGGAGGGGGAGGAGCUGCAAAUUAGAGCCUGGAGGAGGAAGGGGUGGGGGUCAUCCCUUUCCCCAAGGUCAAGGUUGCAGGAACCCUAGAAGGUAAAGCAGCACAGCCUGCAAAUAAAACCUUCCAUUUCUGAA